UUAAAUAAAGUUUUGGGGGAAAAAGUUUGGAGCGGUUGUGGAGGGGGCGUGGUCUGUGAGCUCUGCCAGAGACUCCGGGCGGUUGGCCGUCAGAGAUCAAAGGUUUUCCCAGCGCCGUCACCCGAGCUCCACGCGGAACCAGAUGGCUGCUGCCGUGUGGAACAAUGUGGUCUCGCUGCACCAGAGGAUCGUGGAGAACGGAGACAAGCGGACGGACCCGUGGCUGCUGGUCUACUCGCCGGUCCCGGUGGCGCUCAUCUUCCUGGUCUACCUGUGCGUGAUCUGGGCCGGGCCUCGUCUGAUGAAGUCCAGAGAACCCGUGGACCUCAGGGUGGUUCUGAUUGUUUACAACUUCGCCAUGGUGGGCCUGUCUGCAUACAUGUUCCAUGAGUUCCUGGUCACCUCCUGGCUCUCGGACUACAGCCUCCUGUGUCAGCCGGUGGACUACAGCACGCGUCCUCUGCCGAUGAGGAUGGCCCGAGUGUGCUGGUGGUUCUUCUUCUCCAAGGUCAUCGAGCUCAGCGACACCCUCUUCUUCAUCCUGAGAAAGAAGAACAACCAGCUGACCUUCCUGCACGUUUACCAUCACGGCACCAUGAUCUUCAACUGGUGGGCGGGGGUCAAGUACGUGGCCGGAGGACAGUCGUUCUUCAUCGGCCUGGUGAACACCUUCGUCCACGUCGUCAUGUACUCCUACUACGGCCUGGCGGCCAUCGGCCCCCACAUGCAGAAGUACCUGUGGUGGAAGCGGUACCUGACGUCCCUGCAGCUGAUGCAGUUCCUGCUCUUCCUGCUGCACACCGGCUACAACCUGUUCACCCCCUGCGACUUCCCCGACUCCAUGAACGCCGUGGUCUUCGGCUACUGCGUCACCCUCAUCAUCCUCUUCAGCAACUUCUACUACCAGAGCUACCUCAGCAGGAAGAAGAAGAAAUGAGAGCAGGAAAAACCACAUGCAGUGUCUCCUGUGUCCAGCAGAGGGCAGAAGCAGCACGCAGACAUGAACUGUUUAUUUCUUCAGUCAAAGAAUUGUUGUAAACAAACUGUACAUCUAUACAUUUAAUAACAAUAAUUAUUAUCAUAGUGUGAGGUUUUUUUAUCAACAAUUUUGCAGAAUGAAUGACAUGAAUCCAAAGAAACACAAACAAACAGAAUGAACCUUUUUUUUCUUCAUUAUUUAAACGUCACAGCAACAUGAUAUAUUCUGACUUCAGUCUAAAGCAGACCUUAGGUUGGAGGGAAGCCAGAAGAUCGUCCAGGAGAACGGAUUCCCGAUGUCCUAACGUUGAAAGUGAAGACGCUGGAGAGACUUUCACCUGAACUGCAACAGAACCGAGUCGUAAACGGUAAAUGUGGAGUUCUGCCGAUAAGACGGUUUGAAUCUGAGACGCGGUUUGAGAGGAAGCGUCUCGUGAUGACGUUGGAUGGAUGUCGGGACGUGUCUGCAGGUGAACGUCCCUUCAUGUCUCGGUGUAGACGGACGCCAUGUGGCUCAAGCUGCGGUCGAAGCUGCCCCCCUGGAAGAACAGGUUCUCCUCUGCGGUGGGGGGGAACGGACACGCGGCGCCGCCCUGCAGCUCCGGCACCAAACCGAAGCCUGCGGCAGAGAGGAGAGCGUCAGGACGCGUCCGGGUCAGAGCUGAGGCCACGCCUCCCACCGUUCUCACCUGCAGAGCCGGGGCCGCCGGCCGGCAUGUGGAAGCCGUUGUGCUGGUGGGAGGAGUAAAGGUGCGAGUCUCCGGGGGCGUGGACGCCGUCCACCGCCUGCUCCAUCCUGUAGGAGUCUCCGAAGUGGAAGCAGCUCUGAAAGUUGCCCUGGUAUUCUGGGAGACGAGGGAGGAGGUUAGAGGGUUAACCGUGAGGGUCAACCGCAUACGUCACAACGGCGUGCUUCUCCUAACGCUGCUCCACGCCGGGGUCUGUUUGUCCUCAGUGGACCACAGGAGUCCAGCUUCUGGGAAAAGCGUUUCUCCUGGAGUGUCCAGUAGAGGAAAUACGGAUCUGAGGCCUGAUGAUUUUGUACCUUCACCCACUUAAAAAGUACAUCAAGAAAUACUCUUAAAAUAAUUGAUAUACGUUUAUUUACAUUUCAUUGAGGUAAAUAAGUAUCUGAACGCUCUUGCUGGAGAGAUUUAGUACUUUGUGUCGAAAACCUGCUUAUCUAUGGAAGCUAUAAACGGACUCACAAAUUA